AUGUCACACCAAACACACCUCUUCCAUAUAGUCAACCCAAGUCCCUGACCCCUCGCCGGAGCUAUAGCCGCCAUACUACUAACAACAGGCCUAACUCUUUGAUUUCAUUACAACUCCAACCUACUGCUACUAUUAGGUCUAGUUACCACCAUACUAGUAAUAUAUCAAUGAUGACGAGACGUUGUCCGAGAAAGCACCUACCUGGGACACCACACACCCGCAGUACAAAAAGGAUUACGCUAUGGUAUAAUCCUCUUUAUUACAUCAGAAGUUUUCUUCUUCCUAGGCUUUUUCUGAGCAUUCUACCACUCAAGCUUAUCUCCUACCCCUGAAUUAGGAGGACAAUGACCCCCAACCGGGAUUACCCCCCUUGACCCAUUUGAAGUCCCACUCCUCAACACAGCUGUCCUACUCGCCUCCGGAGUAACAGUAACAUGAGCCCACCAUAAUUUAAUAACCGCCAACCGAAUACAAGCAAUUCAUGCCCUAACACUCACCGUACUCCUGGGCUUUUACUUCACCGCCCUCCAAGCCAUAGAAUACUAUGAAGCCCCCUUUACUAUUGCAGACAGCACCUACGGAUCAACAUUCUUCGUUGCAACUGGCUUCCACGGCCUCCACGUCAUCAUUGGCUCAACAUUCCUCAUGAUCUGCCUUUAUCGACAAGUAAAAUUCCACUUCACAUCUAACCACCAUUUCGGAUUCGAAGCUGCUGCCUGAUACUGACACUUUGUAGACGUCGUCUGACUUUUCCUCUAUAUCUCGAUCUACUGAUGAGGAUCGU